AAGGCGAUUGUCGCCUUCACCUCGUCCUCAUGUCCCUGUACAAACAGCUACACCGCGACUUCUCGUUACGUCUAUCGUUCCUUCUAUACCUUGUUAGGCACACCAAAACAGCUCCAAACUUCCUUCCCAGCUAAUUUAUAUUCACCAUCUGCCCUGCAAGGUUCAGUAUCACAAACCAUGACAUCCAUACGCUCCCCCAACGCCCGUGCCCGCACAUUCCCCACCAAGCGCACCAGGCCCGCCUUCAACCCAGGAUCCACUUUGAAGACCGGUCUCGCAGCGCCAGCAUUGGAAAAAUACUUCUGGUACACAGGGUCAGACAAGGUAACGCGCCUCGCGACAACCGACACCAUCGUACCAGAACAAAUCAAUACGUAUGCUUUCAACAAAUGCGACUUCGCGCGCCUUCCCUAUCCGUCUAGUUUCCCACCAAGCCGCGUCUGGCCCCCACAAACCGCUUCUGACCUUCUCUGCGCCCUCGGCACCGAAUGCGAUGAUUGUGUUGGCGAUACUUGCUACACCGACGCGGCUUGCUAUAACGCGGACUGCAUCCACACGCUAGAAAACUGGGAUAUCGCGACGAGGGACUGGACAGAUCAUUUUUCGCUGCAAAUGACUGCUAGCUGCGGCAUCGGCGUGUUCACCAAAUCCGCUUUCAAGAAGGGCACGGUAUUGGGCUGGUAUGCUGGGGAAUUAAAACCCCCAAGCGUCUGUUUCGAUAACGACUAUCUCAUGGAACUGGAAAUCGGAAUCAUCCCCCCAUUGUCCUACUACCAUCGCAACGGUCUCACGAAAGCGGGAGAUACGGUUAUUAUUGAUGGACGGGGCAAAGGGAAUUGGGUGAGGUUCGUUAAUCAUAAUUGUAGCCCUUGUUGUAUGUUUAGGAUAAGGAGGGUUGGGGACGUGAGGAUUAUGGUUGUGGAGGCCGUGAGGGAUAUUUCUGUGGGAGCUGAGUUGAGUGUGGAUUACGGGAGGAAUUAUUACGGAGAGGAGACAGUUAGGUCGUGCAAGUGUGGGGCGAGGAACUGUGUGGGGGUGAGGAGGGAGGGAGGGGGAUUGCAGAAGAAGUUGAGGGUUAAGAGGUGUAAGAGGGAGGGACCGCCAGGGGAGUAGGUAUAUUCCUGUGCUCACUUAUUCGUCUAUCUUCAUAUUCUCAUUUUGUCUGUCUGUGUCUUGCUUGCCUCAACUUCUCAUCUUCCUUUCUCAUUUCGUCACGUUU